AUGUCAACCCACACCCGCUCCUCAUCGUCACUCUCAACCUCCGUCAAAACCCACACAGGCAAAGACCUCACCCUCCCCACCGGUCUCUUCAUCAACAACGAGUUUGUCCCUUCUUUGAGUGGGAAGACGUUCGCUACUGUAGACCCGUCCACGGGGGAACCGAUAGCGGAGGUAGCGGAAGCUGAUAAAGAGGAUGUGGAUAGGGCUGUGGACGCGGCCGAGGAGGCGUUGAAGGGUUGGCAAAUGCUCCCCGCCGCCACCCGCGGCAAACUUCUCUGGACGCUCAGCGACCUCAUCGACAAGCACACCGACUCUCUCGCUGCGCUCGAAUCCCUCGACAACGGCAAACCGCUCCGCGACGCCAUCGACGACGUGCGCGGCGUCGCGGAUGUGUUUCGGUACUAUGCCGGGUGGGCGGAUAAGAUUGGCGGGCAGGUGCUGGAUUAUGAUCCUGCUUUGCAUGCGUAUACGCGCGUGGAGCCUGUAGGGGUUGUGGGGCAGAUCAUACCGUGGAAUUAUCCGUUGCCGAUGUUGGCGUGGAAGGUGGCGCCGGCGUUGGCGUGUGGGAAUACUGUUGUGUUGAAGACCUCCGAAAAAACGCCACUAUCAGCCCUCAAACUCUGCUCUCUCCUCCCCCUCGCCUCCAUCCCCCCCGGCGUCGUCAACAUCCUCUCCGGCGGCGCCUCCACCGGCUCCCACAUCGCCCUGCACCCGCGCAUCCGCAAAAUCGCCUUCACAGGCUCCACCGCCGUCGGCCGCAAGAUCAUGAAGAUGGCCGCCGACUCCAAUUUGAAAAAGGUCACCCUGGAAUUGGGCGGCAAGAGCCCGAAUAUCGUGUUUGACGACGCGGAUCUGGAUGGUGCGGUUGCUGCGUGCUUUGGAGGGGUUUAUGAUAAUGUUGGGCAGAAUUGUUGUGCGGGGAGUAGGAUUUUUGUCCAGAGCGGGGUUUAUGAGGAGUUUACGAGGCGGUUUGUGGAGAAGCUCUCGCAAACAGUAGUAGGCCCCCCCACGGACCCCACAACAACCCACGGCCCCGUCAUCGACUCCCUCCAGCUCUCCUCCAUAACCUCCUUCAUCUCCCUCGGACAAACUCAUGGCGCCACCCUAGCAUACGGCGGCACGCGCCUCGGCACACGCGGCUACUUCAUCCAACCGACCCUCUUCACCAACGUGACCCCGGAAAUGCAGAUAUACACGCAGGAGAUCUUUGGGCCCGUGGCGUGUCUUGUCAGGUUUGAAACGGAGGAGGAGGUGUUGGGGAUGGCGAAUGGGACGGAGUAUGGGUUGGCAGCGGCGGUGCAUACAACGGAUCUGGACAGGGCGACGAGGAUGGCGAGGGGGGUGCAGGCCGGGGUUGUUUGGGUUAAUUGUUAUAAUCUGACACCACCCCAAAUGCCCUUUGGAGGAUACAAACAGAGCGGGAUUGGACGGGAGUUGGGCGAGGCUGCUAUUAGGGAGUAUACACGUGAGUUUUGUGUGUCCCAUAUCCCACUUGCCGCCCGGCGAUAUUUUUUCAAAACUGAUUUCAUGGGGUUUGACGGUCUUAUAGAGACGAAAUCUGUGAUCAUGAGGAUGCGUGUGUGA